AUGGCGACACGCACGUCGCCGCUGCCCCUCCUCCUCGCCGCCCUCAGCGUGCUCUUCUGCCACGCCGCCGCCGUCCACAACCCCGCCGCCGGCGGAGCAAGGAUCGCCGCGGCUGCCGGCGCCCACGGUGAUGACAGCACCAAGGUGUACGUCGUGUUCACGGAGAGGCAGCCGGCGACGGCGGAGCUGCCGGAGGCGGAGGCCGGCGCGGCCAUCGCGUCCUACCACCACGACAUGAUCGCCGGCGUGCUCGAUGACGAUAGUUCGAGUGCGGCGGACCGGGUGGUCUACCACUACUCGAGGAUCCUCCACGGCUUCGCGGCCAGGCUCACCGACGACGAGAAGAACAGGCUCGCCGGCAUGGACGGCGUUCUGUCCAUCCACGAGAAGGUGGUGUACAGGCCUCAGACGACGAGGUCAUGGGACUUUCUCGGCGUACCGCAGCACAACGACGCCACCCGGCUCAAGUUCGAGAACGACGUCAUCAUCGGCAUGGUGGACACCGGCAUCUGGCCCGACUCCGAGUCCUUCUCCGACGAGGGCCUCCCGCCGCCGCCCACCAAGUGGAAGGGCGUAUGCUCCAAGAACUUCACCUCCUGCAACAACAAGAUCAUCGGAGCACGGUCGUACUACGGCGGCAACACGACGCUGUCGGUGCUGGACCGGGAGGGCCACGGCACGCACACGGCGUCGACGGCGGCGGGCCGGGCGGUCGCGGGCGCGAGCCUGGGCGGGCUCGCCGGCGGCACGGCCCGCGGCGCGGUGCCCGGCGCGAGGCUGGCCGUCUACAAGGUGUGCUGGGAGGAGGGCUGCUCGUCCGAGGACAUCCUGGCGGCAUUCGACGACGCCAUCGCCGACGGCGUCGACGUCAUCUCGGCGUCCCUGGGCUCCGGCAUUGCGUUCGACUACGCCGCCGACCCGAUGGCCAUCGGCGCGUUCCACGCCAUGCGCCGCGGCGUCGUCGUCUCCGUCUCCGCCGGCAACAGCGGGCCCACGUUGGGCUCCGUCAGCAACGUCGCGCCGUGGAGCAUCUCCGUCGCGGCCACCCUCACCGACCGCAGGAUCAUCAGCGAGCUCGUGCUCGGCAACGGAAGGCGCGUCGUGGGGAACGCCAUCACCGUCUUCCCCAACCUCGGGAAGCCGUCGCUCCUCAUGGACCCCGGCGGCUGCGACCACGAGCAGCUCGACGGCAAGAGGUACAAGGGCGCCGUGCUCCUCUGCGGCGAGGGUGCCUACAUCAGCUCAGAAGCCAUCAGCCGCACGGGCGCCGACGGGGCCAUCGUGUACAUGUUCGCCGACGAGGACAAGGACACCGCCUUCUCCUUCGCGAUCCCCAUCGUCGUCGUCAUGCAGAAGGAGUUCAACCACAUCAUCGACUACUACAACAGCACCAGCCACCCCAUGGCCACCGUGAAGAAGAGCGUGACGGUGAAGGACGCGGCGGCGCCUAGCGUCGCGGAGUUCUCGUCCCGCGGGCCUAACAUGGUCACGUACGGCGUCCUCAAGCCGGACAUCAGCGCUCCUGGAGUGGACAUCCUGGCGGCGUGGACGCCCAAGGCGACCUUGUCCGGCAGCGACGUCGACGAGCGGAGGACCAGGUACAACAUCAUCUCGGGCACGUCCAUGGCGUGCCCGCACGUGACGGGCGCGGCGGCGUACGUCAAGUCGGUCCACCCGGAGUGGUCGCACGCCGCCGUGCAGUCGGCGCUCAUGACCACGGCGACCCCGAUGGGCUCCGGCGAGCCGGAGGCCGAGCUCGCGUACGGCGCCGGACAGGUGGAUCCGGUGCGCGCGCGGUACCCGGGGCUCGUGUACGACGCCGCGGAGGGCGACUACGUCGGCUUCCUCUGCGCGCAGGGCUACAACUCGUCGCAGCUUGCCGCCAUGACCGGCAGGAGGGCCUCCGCCGCAGCCUGCUCGGCCGGGGCCAGGGCCGGCGCCGUCGGCGACCUCAACUACCCGUCCAUCACCGUGCCCGUGCUCAACUACGGCGUGGGCUUCGCCGCGGAGUUCCCCCGGACGGUCACCAACGUCGGCCCGGCCGACUCGGUGUACCGCGCCACGGUGACCACGGUGCCCGGCGUCGACGUCGCCGUCACGCCCGACGAGCUCGCGUUCAGCGCCGGCACGAAGAAGCUGAGCUUCAAGGUGAGCGUCUCCGGCACGCUGCUGCCGGUGAACGGCACCAUGGGCGCGUCGGCGUCCGUCGUCUGGUCCGACGGGAGGCACCACGUGAGGAGCCCCAUCUACGUGUUCCCUCACAAACACGUUAUGUGAGCGUGUCAGCAGGAAGAAGAAGGUCAUAGGUUAGGUAGAAUCAUAGCUUGGUGCCAUUAGAAAGAUCAUAGGUUAGGGUUUCGUUAGAGC